CAGCAGCGGCAGCAUCAACAUGGCAGCUUUCUGAGUGUUUAGAGGAGGUAGAGGUGUCAAUAAAAACAUUAAUUCACUCUUUAGAGGCAACGACAUCGCUCGGUUACUCGCGUUGGGCAGAGGUCGGCCUACAGCGGGACAAUGUCGAGCGACGGGAAUAAUAAAAAGCAGUUCUGGAAACGGAGUACGAGCAAGGUUCCCGGCAGCAUCCAGCAUGUGUACGGUGCUCAGCACCCCCCCUUCGACCCCCUGCUGCACGCCAAUCUGAUCAAGGCGGGGCCCAAGCCGGCCCCCGUGACCCCGGGCGGUAAGCCCAAGAAGGCCACCACCUUCCAGGAGUUCGAGAGCAUCACCAGCGACGCCUGGGAGGUGGGCGACGACGACGACGACGAGCUGCUCGCCAUGGCCGCGCACAACCUCAACAUCGAGGUCGUCAUGGAGACCGCCAACAAGGUGAUCGAGAACCACAGCAAGCAGCAGGAGAGGCAGCGGCGGGACGACGAGACGGAACGCCAGGAGGAGGACGAGCAGGAGGAGCAGCAGCAGGAGGAGGAGGAGGAAGAGGAGGCCACCGCCGAGGAGGAAGAGGAGGAGCAGCAGGAGGAGGGAGGGUCGUGUCGAGGGGAGGGGACGGAGGAAGAGGCCGCCAGCACUGAGACGUCGUUGGGUCCCCACGGCGACAGCCGGCUCAUCAAGUCCCACAGCGAGGCUCCCAUUGGCUCUCCCAGAGAGGAGGAGGUGGAGAACUUUGACGUGUCCAGUCUGCGGGAGGAGUCACUGCGGAACAUUGAAGCUGACAGCUUCUGGUGCAUGAGCAGACUGCUGGACGGAAUACAGGAUAACUACACGUUCGCCCAGCCCGGGAUUCAGAGGAAAGUCAAAGCCCUGGAAGAGCUGGUCAGCCGGAUCGAUGACUCCGUGCACCUCCACAUGCAGCAAUACGAAGUGGAGUAUCUGCAGUUUGCGUUUCGUUGGAUGAACAAUCUGCUGAUGAGGGAGCUCCCUCUACGAUGUACCAUCAGACUGUGGGACACCUACCAGGCUGAACCUGAGGGCUUCUCUCAGUUCCAUCUCUAUGUCUGCGCCUCCUUCCUGGUCCUUUGGAGGAAGGAGAUCCUGGAGGAGAGGGACUUCCAGGGGCUGAUGAUCCUGCUGCAGAACCUGCCCACAAUGCACUGGGGCAACGAGGAAGUGAGCGUGCUGCUGGCCGAGGCCUACAGGCUGAAGUUCGCCUUCGCAGACGCACCCAACCACUACAAGAGAUGAUGAGCGGAGGAGAUCUGCUGCUCUCUCCUCCUCUCCACUGGUCUACUGGACUCUCCUCCUCUACUGGCUGAACCUGAGGGCUUCUCUCAGUUCCAUCUCUACGUCUGCGCCUCCUUCCUGGUCCUUUGGAGGAAGGAGAUCCUGGAGGAGAGGGACUUCCAGGGGCUGAUGAUCCUGCUGCAGAACCUGCCCACAAUGCACUGGGGCAACGAGGAAGUGAGCGUGCUGCUGGCCGAGGCCUACAGGCUGAAGUUCGCCUUCGCAGACGCACCCAACCACUACAAGAGAUGAUGAGCGGAGGAGAUCUGCUGCUCUCUCCUCCUCUCCACUGGUCUA